AUGAACUACGAACAGACUUUAAGAACCCUAUUGAACAGGGGAACCCAUCCAGAGCGAGAGAGAGGGUUAAGAACGUGGAACGGAUUUGCUGCUUGCUCAGAAAGCUGGUAG